UUUGACAUGGUGAAAAUGAAGUAAGUGAUUGUAGAAGUGUGCCUUUUCAAAAUAUAUAAUAUUGAGAAAUUGAUUUUGCCUAUUCAUGGAGUUUGAAGUUGGAACUUAGUACAGUACAAUCAACCAUGGCCUGGGUAUCUCCUACUUCAUCUUCUUCUUCCGCCAUAGCUCUACCUUCCAAAUUCACCUCAACCUCUCAACAUCACCACCUCUCUUCUCCUUUCUCUUCCUCUUUUCGUGUCCUCUGCUGCACUGGAUCAUCCUCUCGCUCCAUACCCAUCACCAGCCACCUCAAGUUUUCUCUCCACGACGCUCUCGAUUCUUCCGGAAUUCAAACCUCUCAUGCUAGGGAAGCUAGGGAGGGAUUUUGCUCACAGAUUGAGAAACUUUCUGAUAUAGAGAGGGAAACCAGUAUUAGUAUCAAUAGACAUGUUGAUUUGGGGAAAACAGCUCUUUAUAUAGCUGCAGAGGACGACUCUCUCGUGUCUCAUUCUUCAGUUCCUCUUCCUGUUGAUGCCUUCGUUGAUAGAUUGGAUGAUCUUUCAAUGGGUUACUGCUCUCAUUACAAUUCAGCAUCAAGAUCAUCGCCAGAGAAUUUUUUGGACAGUUUGGAAAACUAUUUGUAUGACAAGAAGGGUUUCCGAAGAAGCAAUACAAAGUUUCAGUUGGAACCGCGAUCUCUAUAUCUUCACACUGUUUUGACACACCGUUCAGGUUCAUUGACAAUGCUUUCACUCAUAUAUUCAGAGAUUCUGAAGAUGCUUCGGUUAUGGGGCCUUUUGGAUUUUGAUGUGGAAAUAUUCUUCCCUCAUGAUUUCCAUAGUCUUCCUCGAGGUUACCAUAAACUAAAAAGUAAGGAAUCUGAUCACUCACAUGUAUUGACAUCACAAGCCCUGCUAGUGGAGAUGUUGGGAAAUUUGAAGGAAGCUUUCUGGCCAUUUCAAGAUGAUCAGACAGGGAGUUUAUUCCUAAGAGCUGCACGUGCUGCUAACUGCAUAGAUAGACCAAACAUUAAUGAAGAUAGUGGUUUUCGACUUGCAUCUGCUAAGGCUGCUCAACAUAGGCUAGAACGUGGUGUUUGGACCAGUGUACGGUUUGGGGAUAUGAGACGAGCAUUAGCUGCUUGUGAACGUCUAAUCCUCCUGGAAACCGAUGUGAAGGAAUUGAGAGAUUAUAGCAUUCUUCUUUACCUUUGUGGGUUUUAUGAGCAAUCAUUAGAUUACCUAAAGCUCUAUCAAGAAUCCAAGGUUCCUUCUACACAAAAAGAAUCGCCGGAUCCAGUUAGCAAUCUUGAGGAAGACGCAGUAAAUAAAUUGAUGGUACGCCUUAAUCUCAUUUCAAUGGAAGAAGGUUGGAGCAAGCCAUCAUUUGCUAGGAAUUUCUUAGGUAAUAAUUCCGAACCAUGGUAGUUUUCCUGUAAACUUGACUUGAGACAAAAGGGUUGAACUUCAUUGCAUGACCUACUGAUAGGUCUCUAACAGUAAUAGGAUGUACCAUGCCUGAGAUUUGUUGUCUAGAAUUAGUGGUUCUGCUCUUCCCAGUGUCUCUGUAUCGGGUCAUUAUAUUGUAUAUAAUAUCUCCUGUAUGUAAAUUGUUUUUGAUUAUGAAGUAUCUUCUUUCAUCUUGGUAAGA